CGGGCCUGCCAACGACAACGUUCUAUUCGACAUGAAGCUGACGCCCGGGUUGGAGAUGCUAAAGAGCGUAGCGCUCUAUAUAGCCGGGUCGAUCGCGACCUGUGUUGGCGUCGCGUUAAUUGGUUAUCGGCUAGGCGCGCUUAGCGCUUUACCUCCAUGGUACUGGUUCUUCCUCUUCCCGGUUCCAGCGCUCCCGCUCGUUGUCGGUCUCAAGUAUUCACUUACUGCCCUUUCAACCCGUCGUCGAGCAUCCGCGCGAGGUGCCUGCUUGCCACCGGCUGUCAAAGGCAAGAAGAUCGGCAACACCGACAUUCUGCACGAGAUCAUUGGCAAGGUUGAGACGGACUACAUUGGCAGCGGUAUCUUCGCGCAGCUCGUUAAGCAGUAUGGUCCAACGCUCAAUAUACGCAUAUGCUGGGACAACAUGUUCUUCACCUGCGAGCCGAGCCAUAUCAAGGCUGUCCUAGCAAGUAGUUUUGAUAGCUGGGAGAAAGGUCACAGGUGGGACAUGAAGGCGCAUUCAGUUUUCGGGAUAGGUGUCUUCAACUCGGACGGUGACAUGUGGAAACUUCAUCGCUCCAUGACGCGUCCUUUCUUCACCCAUGACCGCAUUGGACACUUUGAUAUCUUCGACAAUCAUGCAGAGGAAGCCAUAACUGUAGCCAAGGAGAGGCUCCGCACCGGGUACGCAAUCGACUUCCAAGACCUCAUAUCGCGCUUCACCAUCGACUCUGCGACUGAGUUCCUCUUCGGCAACUGCGUGCACACCCUCUUCACUCCACUUCCCUACCCCCACAACGCGCCUAUCUCUACCGAAGAAAAAGCCAAGAACCAGUACAUGCCCUCGGAGCGCUUCGCCGCUGCCUUCGCAGAUGCACAGACAACUGUCGCGAUGCGUAUGGCUCGCGGCGGUGCAUGGCGCUUCUGGGAGAUCUUCGAAGACCUUUCGGAGAAGCCAAUGAAGGUUGUAAGGGAGUACUUGGAGCCCAUUAUUGCGGAUGCGAUUGAGAAACACCGAGAGAAGGAGAGAAACGGAGAGUUGGAAGAGAAGCAGGUACAGGAGGGCGAGACGCUGUUGGACCAUUUGGUCAGGCUCACAACUGACAUGGUCGUGAUCAGAGACGAGGUAGUGAACAUCAUGAUUGCCGGGAGGGACACGACCGCGUCCACACUCACGAUGGUGAUUUACUUCCUGGCAAGGCACCCUCGCGUCAUGGAUCGUCUUCGCGAAGAGAUUCUGACGAAGGUUGGAUCGUCCCGUCGGCCGACGUAUGAUGAUAUCAGAGAAAUGAAGUAUUUGCGGGCGGUACUGAACGAGACGCUUCGGCUGUUUCCUCCUGUUCCCUUCAACGUUCGGCAAAGCGCUGAGGAUACAACGUUCCCACCGCUUACUCCUGAAGGCCAGCCCAUGUUCAUCCCCGGCAAGAGCUUGCUAGUCUACUCGGUCUUGCUGAUGCACCGCCGAACUGACCUCUGGGGUCCUGAUGCGCUCGAGUUCGAUCCCGACCGCUUCAUAGACCACCGUCUGCAGAAAUAUCUCGUGCCAAAUCCGUUUAUCUUCCUCCCCUUCAAUGCCGGCCCGCGUAUAUGCUUGGGACAGCAGUUUGCGUACAAUGAAAUGUCUUUUAUGCUCAUACGCCUACUACAAAACUUUUCGCGCAUCGAGCUCGACCGUGAGUCGCAGCCUCCGGAGUCACGCCCGCCCGCACACUGGAAGGACAUACCUGGCCGCGCUUCGACGGAGGAGUUCCAUCCGCGGUCGCAUGUUACGCUUUAUUCGAAGGGAGGUAUGUGGGUACGGAUGACAGAGGCUGAUUCGGAUGCAACCUGAAUGUUCAAUGUUGUGUUUGAGUUGCCGUGUACGAUACUGUACAAAAUAAGUGUACGUGUAGGAUGUUAGUUACAAAAUAUGUCUUGUCAUUGC